AUGAUCACAGUAUUGGUUUUAGCAUUCAGUCUCUUGGCAAAUUUCAUUGUAAAUUCAUCCAUAGCGGGCUACAGAGAUGAAGAUCGUGAUGAUGUUUCUAUAGAUUUUUCUUCAAAUUACCCGGAACGUAAAUACAUAACCCAGACAUUCAAAUCGGAUACCGACACAGUUUUUCUACCACCGUUCCCCGACAACCACUACCUGAAACGGACGAACGGUGUUUCUGACCAGACGAUGAACAAAUUUCUAUCGAAGGCGCGAGUUUUGAAAGGAAAAGAUGACGACACUGGCUCCAAUAACAAUAAGAAUGUUUUCAUUGAGCCUCCUCUUAGAUUCGGAAAAAAAUAA